GAGCCUCGGAAAGACCAAAUUAGGGUCUCCGUAGGCACGCCCUCCCGUGACGUCAGUCCGAACGGUUCCCGUGUACGGGGCGCUGUGUACGUAGCGAUGGUUGGAUGUUGCAAUCUAGUCAGCUGAGAGCAAUGUGCGCCUUCAGUUUGUCAGUGUGACCGCGGGGACCUGUGGGACGGUGUGGAGGUUUUUUGGAGAAGUGUGGAAGGGUCCCCGGAGUUGGCUGUGUGUGCGCGCCUCAGGAUGAAAGAUCCGUUAUUAUUGGGCUCGGCUGCCGUACUUCCCGGCACCUCGCUGCAGAAAGCCUGUAAGUUGUUGGUCUUCUUCUGCGCCCUUCACCUCACCGUUACCCUGGUCUACUAUGUGUCCGGAGGAGAGCUCAGCUUCUUCCAGUACUUCUCCGAGAACCAACAACGGCAGAACGCCAACAGGAACCUCACCACAGGAGGACCACUCUUCAACCUCUCCAAACAGGUCAUCUCCAAGACUAUGGAAGGCCAAGGCUUGGAGACCAUCAACAGUGGCUUGGAGACCACCACCCAUGGCUUGAAGACCACCACUGCUCGGCCACCUCUCCUGGUCUCUACCCAGGUGCCAGGCUGCCCGGAAAACUCCCCUUUACUGGUGGGCCCUUUAAGGAUUGAGUUUUCAAUAUCCGUUAAUCUAGACGACGUGAAGAAAACCAACCCAAAUGUAAUGGAAGGAGGGCGAUUCAAGCCAAAGGACUGCAAGGCAGUGCAGAAAGUAGCCCUCAUUAUUCCAUUCAGAAAUCGUGAUGAACAUCUGAAGUAUUGGUUAUAUUACCUGCACCCUAUUUUACAAAGACAGCAACUUGACUACGGUGUUUAUGUGAUAAAUCAGGAUGGUGAUUCUACAUUUAAUCGUGCUAAGUUGCUGAACAUUGGCUUUGUUGAAGCUUUGAAAGAAUAUGACUAUAACUGCUUUGUCUUCAGUGAUGUUGAUCUCAUUCCAAUGGAUGAUAAAAACAUCUACAAGUGCUACAGCCAACCCAGACACCUCUCUGUAUCAAUGGAUAAGUUUGGGUUUGGGUUACCAUACACCCAAUAUUUUGGAGGGGUGUCUGCUUUAAGUAAAGAUCAGUUUGAAAGAAUCAAUGGAUUUCCAAACAAUUACUGGGGAUGGGGCGGAGAAGAUGAUGAUAUAUACAAUCGUAUUGCGUCUAGGGGUAUGUCAAUCUCUCGUCCAGAUGCUGUUACAGGAAAAUGCAGAAUGAUCCGUCACGAACGAGAUAAGAAAAAUGACCCAAAUCCAAAACGGUUUGAUCUGAUUGCACAUACAAGACAUACCAUGAAUUCAGAUGGCAUAAAUUCUCUCGCCUACAAAGUAGUCAAGACUGAAAAGCAUCCUUUGUAUACAAAAAUAACUGUGGAUGUAGGUCCUGUGCCAAGCUAACAUUUGGAGUUUGGCCAAGAAAUCAUUUUUCAUUGACUAUUUCUACUAUGCUGGUAUGGUGGCAAUUUAAAAAUAUUUUUUCAUUAUCGGAUUUUAACUUUUUACAGGUGUACUGCAUUUAUACACAGUUUGUUCCAUUUGAAUGUGUUCUAGAAAUUAUUGCCUCUGAAGAGAAAAAGAAGCAUUUACUUCAGGCUUGCUUUAUAAAUCAGUGGAGUGGAUCUUCAUUCGAUUGUAUUGCUGUACAAUGCUGCUAUAUUUUUUGGUGUUUACAGAGACCUAGUUGCCUGCUUCCAGUGAAAUAUGUGGCCUUUCCAGCUGGACAAGCACUGUGAGCCAAGCUCAAGAAAAGCACAUUUGUAAAUAUGUAUAUCAAAGGCAAUUUUUGUUGCGCUACAGAUUGAAAUUGAAAAAUGGCCUUGUAGGCACAGGCUUAUUUAUAUACAAUAUGGCUUCACGCUUUGUUUCUUUUUAUAAAUGUGAUUUUGGUCAGGUAAAGAACCAAUUUAAUUUUUUUUCUUUCAGCCAACAAAAAACUCAGUGACUAAAGUUUGAAACCGUUUCAUCUAAGCAUUUUAAUGAAUUGCGGUUCUAGGUUGCUUUUUACAGCUCAGCGGUGCCAUCGUGUUGCAUUUUUUUAGCUGGAAAAAAAAUUGGUGCACAUUAAGGGGAAUUUGCUAAAACUAGAGAAGCUGUGCAUAGGAACCAAUUGGCUUUUAUCAUUAUUUUGCAAAGCUUAACUGACCAAGCUGAAGUUCAAAGCUGAUUGGGUACUGUGCACAUGUUCACCAGAUUCUGUCUGCUGCAGUCUUGGGGCUCAUUAACAUGGAAGCUUUGCCCCAUGCCGCAUGCAUGUGCAUACUCUUUGUUUACUUUCUGUUUUACCACUGAGCUGUGUGCAGGCAACCAAUAUUGGUGAAUUACUGUAUGGACUCGCCUGCAGAGCUAAGUUUAACGGGUAUGCAGGAAUUGGUGCACAUACCCCAAUGACUGCUCAUGUGUAUCUGUCAAACUCUGCUGUACAGGUGCACGCAGCUCACUACUAGGACAGAAAAAUAAACCUAGGGCUCUUCAUGCUGUUUUGGGCCAAGAGCCUUACUAAAUCUAUGUACAGUUAUUCAGUUUGAUUACAGGAGGAUCUGCUAAUGAUGCAUUUGCUAUGUUAGUGGUAAUGUUGGUGACAAAAAAGUUGCAUUAUUCAAGCAGCUGUAGCCUUGCCAUAUUUAAAUGCUUUAACUUUUAUUAUUUAUGUGUUUGCUUGUAUUUAAGUUUGAUGGGCUCAAGCAGACAAACUGGUAGGUUUCCAGCUUUAAUGCUUUAUUUUUUCCAUUUCUAUAUUCUUCUCAGGCCUCCAUUGUUAUGUUAAAUUGUGUAUGUUGAUUUAUUACGAUGAUUGUAUAAAUGUAAAUUUAUAAAAAAAUAUGUUUAGCCAGCAGUGUCCUAACUCCUGGUACUUUAUGGAAAAUACUGCAAUGGUGAGGCUUAGUGCAUCAUGGCAUUCUUCACUGUACCCAUGUUUUCAGUUCCUUCAAUACAGGGUAAGUGGAGCUGGGAUGACUCCCAUUAAUAGAUCUAGUAAAUAUUUGUUGGAAGCAUGGCUAUAAUACAGUACACACUCUGUAUCUAAUGCUCUUGUAUCCGAUACUAAACAAAGACGCAGUGGUCCUAUCUGCAGUACUGGCAACUCCUGUUUAGUGGUCACCGUACCUUUUUUGUUUUGCCAGCUCAGUUUGCUCUUGGACUAAUGGAAUUGAAAGCAAAGAGAUUUAUGUCCAUUUAAACACUGCACAGAUAUAUGGUCAUAGAUGGACAAAUAGCUGGACAAGAAUGAUGGGCAGGAAAAUGCAUGCCACCCUCACAGGUGUAUUUGAAGCAGAGAUUUACUGCGGUCUUUGGUCAGUGCUGGGCAGCACACAACACGUGAAACUUAGAUCCUUUAUUUUUCAGUUUGCAGUAGGGCUUUCCAACGAUUUGAAAAUUGUAAUAAACCCUUCUGGCAUUGUUUCACUCAUGAAUACUCUAGUAGCUCAGAGAUUGUCAGAUAGUCUGAAGUAAUGCACAAAUUUGGGGUAUUGCCUUUUUUGGGCCACCUUGAGUUGUUCCUUAAUAUCUUGCAAAGCAUACACCAUUAAAAGUAAGACCCUAGUUGGCUUGUUUUUUAGUCUUCACUUAUAGCCAGCUUUUUAAAUACAAUAUUGUCUUUAUCUUUGUGCCUUAUCUUCCCAGAUCUUUAAUAACUAUUUAUAUAACUAUAACCUUUUCAGCGUCUGUUUUCACAAUGUUUUUAUGCAGCAAUAUAUGGACUAUUAGGCACACAUUUAUAAAAAAUUGUGAUCCACAUUUAUAGACCACUGUUGAUGUACAAUCAAACAAUGCAUUACAGUAAUCUCUGGGAUUUCAUUAUUCUGUUCAGUUUUGUGUUUUUGUUUUUAAAACUGCAGGUAUCCAGUUAUGAAUGUGAUUAUUAAGCAUGUGUAAGCAAGUUACAUUUGGAGUGUGACAUUGUGUUACAAAAGGUAUAUGGAAACUGACAGUAAUCCUCAUUUGUGUGAAUGGUUGUCAGCCAAUUCCUUUUAGGAUAAAGCAAAAUUCAAGUGGUGCAUGGCAAAUAUAUAUUUAAAUGUACAAUCAAGAUAAACUUGCAAACAGAAGUUUACUAUUGUCAAUUCCUAAUGUUUGUAAACUGUGCAUUAAAAGCAUAUUUUUAUAUGAAGUUGUAUAAUAAACUUGAAUCAAUCUUUAAA